AGCACAUGUGCAGCGCAUCUCGGCGAAGCUCAUCUCCACCACUUUUGCUUACAUGCGAGACAAAUUGAGCCGGAUAGGGGCACAUAAAUAUUUUUACAUACCUCUUUUGUCAGUUGUGUAUACUUCCUAAGGCGAAACUGUUUUAUAAGCUUAGACCUAUACUUUUCAUCUCUAUCAUUUUAGAUGGUAGGUAUUUAGUGUUGAAGCUAUUGCUAUCCACUUAACAAUCCACCUCGGUAUCUUCCCUACAUAGACUAAACUCUAAGUGGGUCACGUCUGUGUAGCAAGUCGAGAAUAAAGAUUAAGGUUGCGACUAAAGGUGACUUCCAAUUUCUUGAGUCGCCUUUUCUUCCCUUACAUCUUAAGAAAUCGUUUUGUUUUUAAUUGUUUUAUUUUUUUCCAACCCACCUAUCAAUACUACCAUCUUCGAUUCUACCGGGUAGCUGGAUAAAAUAUGUCUGGAAUUGGCCCUGACCCGCAAACUCUUGCGACGAUUAAGCAAUUAUCGACGCCGCCACCUCCCGGCUCGCCCUACGCUGUACCUAUACCUGGCACCGAACGAGAUGGUCGAAGCCCUGUUUACAGGCACUGGCGAUUUCAAGAUAAGCCUCUGCUCGAAACUUAUGUGCCCGAAAUACGCACUUUCCACGACCUUUUCCAGGAUGCUGUAAAGCGAUACCCCAAUAACAAAUGCCUGGGUACGCGACCUUGGAACCCGACAACCAAGAGCUGGGAAAACCACUUCGAAUGGCAGACAUACACUGAAGUCGCGGCGCGAAGCAAAAACUUCGGGUCUGGUAUAUAUGAACUUCAUCGUCGCAUUGGCGUUCCGCCUGGUAACCAUGGUGUUGGUAUCUGGAGUCAGAACAGGGCCGAAUGGCAAAUCACAGAUAUCGGGUUGAGUUCGCAGUCGCUCUUUUCUGUCUCGCUUUACGAGACCCUGGGUCCCGAUGCGUCCGAAUACAUCAUCAAACACGCCGAACUAUCUUGCGUAGUCUCUUCGCUACCCCAUAUCCCGACUCUCCUCGCCCUUGCGCCCCGAAUACCCUCACUUAAGUUGAUCAUCUGCGUGGAUUCCUUAGAUGCGGGGGAGCAAGAUGGAUACUCUAAAAUUGCGUUGCUAAACGGCAUCGCUGCUCAGCACGGUGUCCAGAUAUGGUCGAUGACAGCUGUUGAGGAACUUGGAGCUAAGGUGGCUCACCCUGCGCGCCCUCCUCGUCCAGAAGAUAUUCUUACCGUCAACUACACAUCUGGUACUACUGGUGAUCCCAAGGGUGUGAUUUUGACGCAUUCCAACUGUGUGGCAGCAGUUGCCAGUGCCCGUUCCAGUGGGUCUUAUACUCAUACGGAUGUCACUUUCUCGUACCUACCUCUAGCCCAUAUUUAUGGACGAAUGAUCGACCAGUGUGCUAUGUCUUCGGGUAGUGCUAUAGGAUAUUUCCAUGGCAACAUGCUAGAGGUUAUUGACGACUUGAAACUUUUGAGACCUACCGGUUUUAUCUCGGUACCUCGUCUAUUCAACCGAAUCAACCAGGGCAUCCGAGCCCAGACUAUCCAGGCCGAUGGCGUGAAGGGUGCUUUAUCGCGAAGAGUUAUAGAGACGAAGAAAGCUAGCAUGAAAUUGCCACCUGGAAAGGCGCACAAUAAACACUUCCUCUACGAUAGGAUAUGGACUCCUAAGGUGAAGGCCGCUGUUGGUUUGGACCGAUGUCGCUCCAUGGUGAGUGGAAGCGCGCAGCUCGAUCCUGAUGUCCACGAGUUCCUGCGAGCCGCCCUAGGCAACUUUUUCUGCCAGGGAUAUGGUCUUACCGAGUCUUACGCCGCGGGUUCAUUCCAGCUGGACGGCGACUUUACGAUAGGGAACGUGGGUGGUCCCAUGCCAGGCAUAGAAGUAUGCCUAGAAUCCCAACCUGAGCUCGAGUAUCUCGUGACGGACAAGCCCAGGCCGCGAGGAGAGUUGUUGUUGCGAGGGCCGUUCAUUUUCCGUGGCUACCUAAAGAACGAAGCGGAGACCAAGAAAGCCUUGGAGGCGGAUGGAUGGUUCCACACUGGUGAUAUUGCCGAAAUCGAUGAAUUGGGUCGAAUCAAGAUCAUUGAUCGCAAGAAGAACGUUCUUAAGUUAUCUCAAGGAGAGUACAUAUCUCCUGAGCGAAUUGAGAAUGUUUUCAUGGGCAGCUCUAAUCUAGUCGCCAUGGCCUUCGUUCACGGCGAACCAAGCCAAUCGACCCUGGUCGGUAUCUUCGGUGUGGAUCCGGUAACAUUCGGUCCAUUCGCUAGUAAGAUCCUAAGGAAGACUGUCGCCCCGGAAGAUAUUGAAGCGAUCAAGGUAGCUGCUCGAGACCCUCGUGUAGUGAAGGCUUUCCUUAAGCAUCUUGACAACAUUGCCAAGCAGCACAAGUUUAACGGGUACGAGCGCGUACGCAACUGUCUUCUGGACUUCGAACCAUUUACUGUGGAGAACCAGCUUCUCACACCAACGUUGAAACUUAAGAGGCCGCAAACGGUUAGGAAGUUCAAGACGGAUAUCGACCGCAUGUACGCCGAGAUCAAUGCAGAGACCGCAAACGUCAAGCCGAAGUUGUAAUAUAUCGGCGAUUCUGUACCAUAUAUUUUAUUUUACGUUAUGUAUACCUGUUAUGUAACUACAUAAGCGAUGGCGCUCAACUAUUCUUAUUAAUGUGAUGAAUGAAUCAUACAUAUUGUUGGAUGUCUUUA